AUGCCAGCACUUUCUGAUUCACAUUCGGGAAUGUUGGUAAAAGUAUACACUAUAAAAGUUUACGAGACUACGUCAGCUUCAACUCCAUCGAAAAUGAAAAUGGUGUUCUACUUCCUCCUUAUGCCGUUUCCAGUCUACUGUGGAGCUUGCUAUGAUAUACCUAUCGUCUUUUGGGCAAAAUACUUCAGAGAAGGAUUUCAAAACUUCUGCGAUGGAGUAAUAGAAGCGCCAUUGAGAAUGGUUUUCACAAUGCCGCUGAUAAAACCACUUCGAAGAUUUGUUUUAAACGGAACAGCGGAUGAUAAAAAGGUUCGCAUAUUCAAAGUACCAAAUAAACAUGAGUGCCGCUUUAUGGAACGAUUAGUAACUGUGUUGGUCAAGCACAUUGCUGAAAAACACAAUAGCCUUAAAAAAACUUGUAAGAUGUUCAGAAAGAAAAACAACUUCCUUUGCCUACCACACUGGGAACGCGUUUAUUAUCGGAGAAGGUGGAUAAUCAAGCCUGUACUAUAUUGCGCGUUCAGCAAUUGGGCGAAUAGUGCAUCUGCACAUUCUCGCCGUCGUACAAGAAGUACAGAUUUAGUAGUUUAUCAGGGUGAAAGUAAUGAGGCACCUAGAAAAUAA